AUGGUGUCGCAGUCGACGCAGGAGGCGUGGGACCACUGGUGGCACGAGACCAAGAGCGGCCGCAUCAGCACCUACGUGUCCAUCGUGCUCUUCUUCCUCUCCACGGUGCUGGCCAACCCCAUCGCGCGCUGCCUCUUCUGGAGCGUGCGCAAGGCCUGCCCCAAGAAGUGGAUUUGGCCCGAUGACGCCCGGCGGAUGAUGAUGUGGCAGACGUCGCUCGUGUGCCGCGUGGGGCUGCUGUGGAUCGCCAUCCUCGUGUCGCGGCUGUCGCUGCUGCUGUACGAGUGGCCGGCCUGGAUCUUCGGCGUCUGCUUCAUCAUCUGGAUGGACGCGGGGGGCAACGUGCUGCGCGAGGUCAUCGUGCGCAAGGGCGUGGUGGGCUACAAGAAAGACGAGAAGGCCGGCCGCAUGACGCUGCUGUACGAGGGCACGACGCUGGCCAAGAUGCUGCUGCUCGUGCUCAUCGUCUACACGUACUACGUGGCCCCUCGCAUCGAGGAAUCGAGCGAGCUCAGGCUGCUCUUCUCCGUGGGCUUCUUCGUGUCCAUUGCGCUGGCUGCUCUGCCAUUGCUACGCAACGUCAUGGGCGCCCACUACAUGUUCCUGACCAAUAUGCUGCAUCUGGACUCGCGGAUCUACUUGCACGGGUCGAGGAAGGGGAAUAUCUGCGAUGCCCCGCUGGGCUUUAUUGUGCUGGCCACGCCGGACAAUACCAAGACUUUCAUCCCCGCGGGCGGCACCGUCAGCAACACUACAGAGGUGUUUCACAAGUUCCUGUGGCCGCUGCGCUUGGACGUCCAGCUUCCUGCUGAUAUCCCGGCCAAACGAGUGCGCAAGUUCGUGCAGGAUAUGGACCAGUUGCUGUUCUGGGACCCGGUUGUUGUCCUUGCGGCCGACGGAACUGCGACGCUGGAUGCUGACGGAACUUCGUCCUUCAUGGACGCGUCGACUCCGCGAGAAAGCCUCAGCGUUCGGGGAUUCGCGAACGCGGGGCAGAUGGAAAUGGCGGCCAAGUUAUUGUUUGAUGAGAACCAACAGGAGGAAGAGAGGAUUAUACAGCGAGCACGAGGCAACGAGGGCUACGUGGCGCUGGAGCCCAACAAGCGCUGGGUGAUCCAGUUCAGAACGUUUGUACAGGCGAAACAGAAGACGCACUUCCGGCAAACGCGUGCCGCGUACAUUGAGGCCAUCACAAAACUAAUGGAGAAACAAGGGACCGCGUUUGGGUCCCGAGCUGCAGUGACUGAGCCCCAGCUGGCAGAUGGAGAUUGA